AUGUCUUUCUUAUUUGGUGGUGGUAACCGUUCAGUGGAAGGAUCAGUAGAUCCUGCCAAGAUUGAAAUGGCCGUUGCCGAGCUCGAUAUGAUCACCGAUGUAUUCAAUCGACUUGUCAACUCAUGUCACACUAAAUGUAUCGCAUCAACACCCAACAACCACCGAUAUGUAGAAGGAGAUUUGUUGAAAGGAGAGAGUGUCUGUAUUGAUCGAUGCACAGCUAAAUUCUUCGAGGUAAACAAAAAGGUGGGCGAGAGAAUGUCAGCAAUGGGAAGUGCUGCUCAAGCCAGUGGUUCUUUCGGUCGAUGA